CCGAGUGGUUCGAUCCGGGCGCGCCGGGGCUGCGGGCGCCGCCGACAGCUCCGGACGGGCCGCGCUGGAGGAGCUCAACGGGGCCACACAACCAAAGCUGCUUGUCUUGAGGAGGCUUUCCCUGCUGUCACCACCCUUCGUGCUGGAGCUCACAGCCCCCAUCAGCUUGCAGAACCGUAGGUGCAAGUGCCUUGACCAUCAUGGGGGAUGCCAGCAUGGGACCUAACAUCUCCCCUCCGGACAGCACUGCGCAGCAGGACUCUCUCUUCAGCAUGACAGACGUGUUCCUCAUCUCCCUCAUCACCGGGCUGCUUACCUACUGGCUGCUCUUCCGCAAGAAAAAGGAGGAAGUGCCAGACCUCCCCAAGAUGCAGACAGUAGCAGCUCCGGUGAGAGACAGCAGCUUCAUUGAGAAGAUGAAGAAGACGGGGCGGAACAUAGUGGUUUUCUAUGGUUCCCAGACGGGUACAGCAGAGGAGUUUGCCAAUCGUCUCUCCAAAGAUGCUCAUCGCUACGGCCUGCGGGGCAUGGCAGCAGAUCCAGAAGAGUAUGACCUGUCGGACCUGAGUCGCCUCUCUGAGAUCGACAAGUCCUUAGCUGUGUUCUGCAUGGCCACAUAUGGGGAAGGAGACCCCACAGACAAUGCCCAAGACUUCUAUGACUGGCUGCAGGAGGCUGAUGCUGACUUGUCCGGUCUCCGGUUUGCAGUCUUUGGGCUGGGGAACAAGACUUACGAGCACUUCAAUGCCAUGGGGAAGUAUGUGGAUAAGAGACUGGAAGAACUUGGAGCCCAGCGUAUCUUUGAACUUGGGCUGGGUGAUGAUGAUGGCAACCUGGAGGAAGACUUCAUCACCUGGAGAGAGCAGUUCUGGCCAGCGGUGUGCGAGCACUUUGGGGUGGAGGCUACAGGAGAAGAGUCCAGCAUCCGGCAGUACGAGCUGGUGGUGCACACGGAUGUGAACAUGAGCAAGGUCUACACUGGUGAGAUGGGUCGUCUCAAGAGCUAUGAGAACCAGAAGCCGCCGUUUGAUGCCAAGAACCCCUUCCUGGCCCAGGUGACAGAAAACCGCAAGCUGAACGAGGGUGGAGAGCGGCACCUCAUGCACCUGGAGCUGGACAUCUCCAAUUCCAAAAUCAGGUAUGAAUCCGGGGACCACGUGGCUGUGUACCCAGCCAACGACUCCUCUCUGGUCAAUCAGAUUGGUGAGAUCCUGGGCACGAAUCUGGACACGAUCAUGUCCCUGAACAACCUGGAUGAGGAAUCCAAUAAGAAGCAUCCCUUCCCCUGCCCCACGUCCUACCGCACAGCACUCACGUACUACCUGGACAUCACCAACCCACCCCGCACCAACGUGCUCUAUGAGCUGGCUCAGUACGCCACGGACCCCAGCGAGCAGGAGCGCCUCCGGAAGAUGGCAUCAUCUGCUCCCGAGGGCAAGGCUCUGUACCUCAGCUGGGUGGUGGAAGCCCGCAGGAACAUCCUGGCCAUCCUGCAGGAUAUGCCCUCGCUCUGCCCCCCCAUUGACCACUUGUGUGAGCUCCUGCCCCGCCUGCAAGCCCGCUACUACUCCAUCGCCUCCUCCUCCAAGGUUCACCCCAACUCCAUCCACAUCUGUGCCGUGACGGUGGAGUACGAAACCAAGACGGGACGGGUGAACAAAGGGGUGGCCACCAACUGGCUCAAGAGCAAGGUGCCCACCGACAACGGGAGCAGCUCCCUGGUGCCCAUGUACGUGAGGAAGUCUCAGUUCCGCCUGCCCUUCAAACCCAGCACCCCCGUCAUCAUGAUCGGACCAGGCACUGGCAUCGCCCCCUUCAUGGGCUUCAUUCAGGAGCGGGCCUGGCUCAAGCAGCAGGGCAAAGAGGUGGGUGAUACAGUGCUGUACUACGGCUGCCGCCGCGAGCGCGAGGACUACCUGUACCGUGAGGAGCUGGGCCGCUUCCAGCAGGAUGGGGUCCUCACCCAGCUCCACAUCGCCUUCUCCAGGGACCAGGCUGAGAAGGUUUAUGUUCAGCACUUGCUGAAGAAGAACAAGGAAAACAUCUGGAAGCUGGUUCAUGAGGGGAAUGCUCAUAUCUACGUGUGCGGCGAUGCUCGCAACAUGGCCCGGGAUGUGCAGAACACCUUCUACGAGAUCGUGGCCGAGUUUGGGAACAUGAGCCAGCCCCAGGCCGUGGACUAUAUAAAGAAACUGAUGACAAAGGGCCGGUAUUCCUUGGAUGUCUGGAGCUAAGAGCAGGGCCACGGAGGGAACAGGUCCCCAGCCUGGGCCCAUGGGAGGUGGGAAGUGCCUGCGCGCCCGCUGCUGCUGUGGGUGAUGCUGUCCCCAGCACGCAGCUACCCCGGUGUCACUCCCAACCCCUCCUGGGCCAUGGCAGCCCCAGGGCAGGCUGCGUGCCCUGGGGUGGAUGGGGUUGAGUGGGGCAGGGGGGUAGCUGGGGCUGUGGUGCUGAUGGUACCCAGGGAGCACCUCAUGGCACCAGCACUGAGGUAGGGAUGCGGCUGAUGCGGGGCAGAGGGGAUGGAUGGUGCUGGGGGAGCUCUGGGGUCCUUCCCUGAACAUGAGGUGCUGCCUUAUCCCGUGUGGGGCUGGUGUGAGGG